CACCUGCUCCGUGCAUCUCACGCUCUCUGCCUCCUCUCUCCUAUAUUCCAGAGCAUACCUGCACUCCUUUUUGACUUCCGUCUUCUGCGCUUCUCUCUGAACUCUUAUUCAUUCCCAACUUCUAGGCCAUCCGGACUACGCGCUUGCGUCUUAUGUUGGCUCCUCUCUCGCACUUCUUAUUCUUUCGCGUACCUGCGUUCUCUUCCGAGUUCCGACUUUAGGCCUUCUUCUUUAGCUUACCUGCACUCCGUUAAACUCUGCUUCUGUUACGCAGGACAUGGAUUCCAUUAAUAUUCUGCUACAGAGAUUAGUGAAACGACUGGAAAAAUGGCAGCUCAAUCGAAUUCUUCUCAAGCUCAGGAUCAUUCUACAACAAAUAAUAAUAGCAAUGAAAUUCAUGAACAUGAAGAACAUCCUACACCGGAUAAAAUGGGUAUGGAAGUCAUGUGUGUUUGUAAAGAAUGGAUCCCUACAUGUGACGAAGAAUUGAAACCUAAAGAAGGAAUGUUGUUUGAAACGUUGAACGAGUGUGAGAAAUUCUACAAAACUUAUGCUCAUCAUGUCGGUUUUAGUGUGAGGAAAUAUUCUUCUGAAAAGAAGAAAAAAACCGGUGAGUUGAAGUAUGAAUAUUUUCUUUACUCAAAACAAGGAUAUUUAGAAAAUACUAAAGAAGCACAAAUCAAAGGGAGUGGGAGGGAGUGGGAGGCGAAUUAAAGGAGGGAAAGAACUGAAAAUGGAGCAGCAGAAAAAGAGGAAAAGGCUUUGUCGAGCGUGUGGUGAAGAAGACUACUAUGAUAGUCUUAAUUGUCCAAACAAACAAAGCUAAGUAGUAUUUUUUGCAUGCCGUGAAGAAGACUAUUAUGAUACACUGGUCGAUUGUUCAAUCUUUAACAAUGUCAAUGCAUACUGCUACAGUUGUGGUUUAAUUGCACUUUGAUAAGCAGCCUUGUUUUUUAUUUUAUACAGAGUAUGUUCUUACUUUAGACAAUUUCUUUUCCCGAAAUAUAGUCACUUUUGUUUAAGCUUUUACUUUGUUGUUGGGGAUUGCAACUCACUGAUGUGUGGUUUAAUCGGUCUUUAAUAGCAAUCUUGGG